CAACUCGCUUCGACUAUUUAACAACCCUUGACACAACAAGCAUCUUUUAGAAACUCCCGAUUACCAGCAAUUACAACUUUAAUCAUUCAUCGUAAUCAAACUAUUGUCCUAUUUCGAACUAGUGAAUCAUAUAUAGAAAGCUAGUACCAAGAAAUAACUCAUAAGAUCUACCAUAACAUAUCGGAAAUAUUCGUCAACACACGAACAUGCUGCCCUAUAGAGUUGAUAUAGACGAAGCCGAUGUUGCUGUGCUUAAUCAAAACUUAAUCAAAUCCAAAGAGCUUUUUCAAACCAUCAACACAUCACUUUUAAAGAUUGCUGAUAAGUCAAUUUCAGCUUCAUCCACUAUAAAACCAGUAUUAAAACAAGUGAAUAAACUAACUAAAAACAAAGAUGAAGUUGAACGAGGGUUGGAUUUACUUUCUGAUGUUAGUAAACAUGCUUCUUCUGUCAAUGAAUUUGAGCAAAUCCUUUCUAACCCAAUUGAUGUCAUUGGGUUAGUUAAA